AUGGAAUUUUCGGACGAUUUCUACGGGAACUAUGACGAGAACUCCUCGCUGUAUUCGUCACUGUUGCCCUACGAACCCAGCCCGUCAGAGCGGGUCUACAGCUGGCUUGUUCCGACCAUCUUCAGUGUCAUUACCCUCGCUGGCCUGGCGGGAAACUUCGUCGUCAUCUACACCAUCUACUGUCACACAAAAAACAGGACGGUUACCAGUUAUUACAUCUUAAAUUUGGCGCUUACAGAUAUAGCCUUCUUACUCUGUUGUGCUCCGUUCACCGCUUCGGUGUACGCCACGCCAACAUGGCUCUUUGGCAGGUUCAUGUGCAAGUUCGUUUUCUACAUGAUGCAGGUCAGUGCCCAGGCGACAUGUAUUACUUUAACCGCUAUGAGUGUGGAUCGAUACCAAGCAAUCGUUUAUCCUCUGAAGUCGUUACGUAACAGAACACCGCAGAUAGCCCUUCUCGUCAGCAUAGGCAUAUGGACGUGUUCAGCGUUGCUGGCCAUUCCGGUAGCGGUGUAUUUCGACGCUGUCCAGAACACGAAUGGCGAAGUCACGCGUUGCAAGGAGGUGUGGCCGAACAAGAUGAUGUUCCCCGGUUACGCUAUCUACACAUUCCUCCUUGUGUACGCCAUUCCGCUAAGCAUUAUCAGUGUGUGCUACACCAUCGUGCUAACCCGUCUUUGGAAACAGAUACAACCUUGUGAGGAGACGCGAUCAAGCGCGCAGACGCGCUUCUUAAACCAAAAACGACGCAUCACUCGCAUGGUUCUCGCCGUCAUCAUAGCGUUCGCCGUUUGCUGGUUGCCGCUACACGUCAUCAACCUGUGGCAGCGACUCGACGAGGACUUCCCUCAAAACGAACUCACGCUGGCAAUGCAGACGACUGCUUACUGCAUGGCGUACGCAAAUUCCUGCGUGAAUCCUUUCGUGUACGCCUUCGUCGGAGGACGCUUUAGGGAACGUGUGAGGAAAGCGUUUCCUGCGUUGUCAAGCAGAAAGCGUUCACACACAGACGCCCUUAUUUUAGAGAACAUAGGUAAACAUGAUGAAAUACACGAUGAGCAACGACAUAGUCUGAUUACUUCAAAUGUAACGCAAAGAGAAGCAGUAUAGCAUUUCAUUGGACAUGCCAUGAACAAUUAAGUUAUAUAUAUUAUCAAAAAUCG